UGUACGUCACGUGAGCUAUGGACCGGAAGUUGACGGCAAAACAUCAUGGCGGCAGCAACCAAAUGUAAUUUGUGAGAUUUUCCAUUCGCCACAAACUUUUCUCGCCGGGCGACAAGACAAGAAAGCAGCAAAAACAUGUUUGUUUAACAGCCUCGGGGAGAUUAAGUCCGAAGUGGACGAAAGCGUCUGAGUCGUCGCAUUUGGAGUCCCGGAAGAAACGCGUCCAAACAUUCCUCCAAGACACGCCCAUCUCUAAUGCAACUCGUGAUUUUGCUUCUUCAAGACGCUGCGCCGUCAGGCCACUUGAUUAGCGGCCGCCAUGUCCGCGGACGCGCCUGCAUCGGACGCAGCGCCGUUUUUGUCUGACGACAGCGAGGCGGCAUCAGCAGAGGAGGAGGAAGUGGAAGUGCAGCGUCGGGAUGCGGUGCAGAAUGAGGAGCUUAGUGGCGUGACGCCAGUGCGUGCUGUGCUGACCGUCCUGAUCCUGUGCUACGUUAACCUGCUCAACUACAUGGAUAGAUUCACCAUCGCAGGUGUGCUUCCCGACAUUGAGCGUUAUUUUGGAAUCGAUGACAGCAAAUCGGGUCUGCUCCAGACGGUCUUCAUCUGCAGUUACAUGUUCCUGGCGCCGCUCUUCGGUUACCUGGGCGACCGCUACAACCGCAAGUUGAUCAUGAGCGUCGGCAUCACUUUCUGGUCCGUUGUCACGCUUGCCAGCUCCUACACGCCCAAGGAGCACUUCUGGGCACUGCUGCUGACACGAGGCUUGGUGGGCGUAGGCGAGGCCAGUUACUCCACCAUUGCGCCCACCAUCAUCGCCGACCUCUACGUCAAGGACCGCCGCACAAACAUGCUGUCUGUCUUCUACUUUGCCAUUCCCGUCGGCAGUGGCCUGGGCUACAUCGUGGGCUCCCAAGUCAGCAACGUGGCCAAGGACUGGCACUGGGCUCUGAGGGUGACGCCGGGGUUGGGUCUGGUGGCCGUGCUGCUUCUGGUCCUGGUGGUGCAGGAGCCCAAACGCGGGUGCGUAGAAGCUCGGUCCGAACAUCAGCUUCAUCACAGCAGCUGGACAGACGACGUGCGAGCGCUGAGCAGGAACCCGAGCUUCGUGCUGUCCACGUUGGGCUUCACGGCCGUGGCCUUUGUUACGGGCUCCCUGGCGCUGUGGGCGCCCACCUUCCUGUUCAGGGCGGCCAUGUUUACGGGUGAACGCGCACCCUGCCAGGAAGCUCACUGCUCAUCCUCGGACAGUCUGAUUUUCGGCGCCAUCACAUGCGUGACGGGCGUGCUGGGCGUGGCCAGCGGAGUCCAAAUCAGUCGUCGGCUCCGAAGCCGAACGCCGCGCGCUGACCCGCUGGUAUGUGCUGCCGGCCUGCUGCUCUCGGCGCCCUUCCUCUACCUCGCUGUGGUCUGUGCCCAGGCCAGCACCGUCGGCACUUAUGUGUUUAUUUUCCUGGGCGAGACCUUGUCCAUGAACUGGGCCAUCGUGGCGACAUUCUGCUGUAUGUGGUGGUUCCCACGCGGCGCUCCACGCCGAGGCAUUUCAGAUCGUCAUCUCGCAUCUUCUUGGAGAUGCCGGAAGUCCUUAUCUCAUCGGAGUGGUGUCGGACUCCUUGAGGAAACGGGAUCCUUCCUGUGGCAGUUUCUCCUUCAACUUUCUUUGCUGCUCUGCGCCUUCGUGGCCGUCGGGGGCGGAGCCUUCUUCCUGGCCACCGCCCUCUUCAUCGAGCAAGAUCGCCACCGAGCAGAGAACUUUACCCCCGCAGAUGACGGGCCCAUCCGGGUGCCCAAAAGUGGGCGAUCCACUCUGGUUCCAGUGUCCAGCGUUCUGAUUUGACGGCCUGCCAGCCGUCUUUUCCCAGUGGGAGGGAGCAGCCGCUGACAUUUUUAUCACUUUUUUUUAUUUGAGACGAGUCAGCAGCGAACUCUAAUGACUCCAUAUCUCCAGAAAAAGGGUUUUUUUUUAUAAGAAAAGACCACUUUUAGGAUACUCAACUGUUUGUGCGGUCUUUUAGGAUACUAGUGUUGACCUUCCUUAACUUGCUAUGCUUCUGUUAAGGUGUUCAACUUUCUGCUCUUGUAGUUACCGGCGUUUGUCAUUUUCUCACCUGCGUGAGAGUUAGCUUGCUAACUGGCUUCUUAGAUCAACCGAAUAAACCAAGAUAAGUUGUUUACCUCCUUCA